AUGCAAAAGAACCUAGCGGCACGCAAGUCAAAUAAAAUAGAAUAUAAGCAAAAGCAAGUUGCAAGUUUAGCUCAGCGUAUAGUUAAAAGUUCAAGACAAGCUUAUUUUGCAUAUAACUCGAUUUUGGCACUAGGACAGUAUAUUACUUUGGGAUUUGCAUUGAUUGCUAAUUUGGCUGCUAUUGUUGAGCUUUUAUCAAAGAUACCUGGCGUCAAGCUCAAAAGGUAUGAGUAUGAAGUAGCAGAAACCAGAGUUGAUGAUGGUAGUUGCAAUACGUAUUAUGGGGGAUCUAAUGUAGAGAGUGUUGAUUUCGAAGAUGAUUUGGGAGAGGAGGUUUCUUUCCAAAAACACAAUGAAGAAGAUGAGGAAGACAAGGAAGAUAAAGAAGUAAUGCUUAAAAGUCCAGUCUCGUGUUUACAAAGUAUGAAGCUGCAGAAAGCAGAAUCACGAGAUUCACCAGUGGUGGUGCCUACAUUAUACGACUCUUUAAGCGUAACGCAAAUACCUCCUCAGUCAGACAAAGACAUGAACAUGAAUUCGACCUCAUUUCUAUCUAUGAAUAAAGAGUUGAAGAUAAAAAGGAGCCAGAGGAAUAAAGAGACAGAGUCACCAUCUAUGGAAAAAAUGACGAUUGAUGAUAUCUUUGGUUCAAAAAAAAAGAAAGCUAAAAGGAAAGCAGCGGUGGAGAAUAAUAAACAAGUUGAAACGCUACUCAAGGAAAGUGCUAUUUCAGAUUCAUUUGAGCUGCAAGGUGCCACCAUACUAAAUGAUGAUUCUUUAAAUAUUGCUACUACUCCCAGUGAUCUUUCUAUACCAAUUACAGUCACUAAAGGGGGGGGGGAAAGAAAAGUAUCAGAUUUAUCAAUAUCCGAUAUAUUCAAAAGUAUGCCUUCAUCGUCAGCAAAGACAAAAAAGAAGAGAAAAAAAGCAGCAGCAGCAGCAGCAGCAAUAAAUGAUAAUGGAUCUUUCCGCAAAGACAAAGUCAAUAAUGUGGACCUGCAAGACAAGUGA